UCUGGCUCAUUUUUCUGAAAUCCAAUGUACGAUGCACACAGUGUGAAGUUGCGCUAGAUUUUUUUAUUUUUUUUAUUACUUAGUUUUAAGCUAAUGUUAAGCUUCAAUUUUGUGAAAACGUUUUGACAAUUUUGAGAUAAAUUUACAAGUAUUCCGGAUCGAAGAGAUAAAUUUUCAAGAUGCGGGAGAUCAUUAAUAUGCAAGUUGGUGCCUGCGGGAAUCAGAUUGGCGGAAAGUUCUGGGAGGUAAUCUCCGACGAGCACGGCAUCGACCCAUCUGGCUGUUACCAUGGGGACUCUGAUCUCCAACUCGAGCGGAUCAACGUGUACUACAACGAGGCAUCGGGCGGCAAGUACGUCCCGCGCACGGUGCUCGUGGACCUGAAGCUGGCCACGAUGGACGCCGUGAGGUCUGGACCCUUCGGCUGCCUCUACCGCCCCGAUAAUUUUGUCUAUGGACAGAGCUCUGCCGCCAACAACUGGGCUAGAGGACACUACACUGAAGGAGUGGAGAUCCUGGAGUCUACCCUGGACGUGGUCCGCCGCGAAGCUGAAGCAUGCGACUGCCUGCAAGGUUUUCAGAUGUCGCACUCGCUUGGCGGCGGCACAGGUUCUGGUUUGGGCACGCUAAUCGUUAACAGAAUCCGUGAAGAGUACCCCGACAGGAUUAUACUGACUUUCUCUGUAUUUCCAAGCGCUCGGGUCUCAGAUUGCGUAGUUGAGCCAUACAAUACGACGCUAGCGGUAAACCAGCUUGUGGAGAACACCGACCACACAUUCUGCUUGGACAAUGAAGCUUUGUACGACAUUUGCUUCAGGACACUAAAGCUGACGACACCCACAUACGGCGAUCUAAACCAUUUGGUCUGCGCUACAAUGUCUGGCGUCACGACGUGCUUGCGUUUCCCGGGACAGUUAAACGCUGACCUUCGGAAGCUGGCGGUCAAUAUGGUACCGUUCCCCAGAUUACAUUUCUACACCCCUGGUUUUGCGCCGCUGACGUCACGAGGAGCCCAGCAGUACAGAGCGUUGACUGUGCCAGAGCUAACUCUGCAGAUGUUCGACGCGAAGAACAUGAUGGUGGCUUGCGACCCGCGACACGGCAGAUACCUGACGGUUGCCACAAUAUUCAGAGGUAGAAUGUCCAUGAAAGAAGUAGACGAACAGUUGGUAAAUAUCCAAAACAAAAACAGCACAUACUUCGUUGAAUGGAUACCUCACAACUGCAAGAUUGCGGUGUGCGACAUUCCGCCAAGAGGGCUGAAGAUGGCUUCGACCUUCAUCGGAAACACGACAGCUAUCCAGAGCGUAUUUAAGAGGGUAGCGGAGCAGUUCGUGGCGAUGUUCAGGCGGAAAGCGUUCCUGCAUUGGUAUACAGGUGAAGGUAUGGACGAGAUGGAGUUCACUGAGGCAGAGAGCAACAUGAACGACCUGGUGUCAGAGUACCAACAGUACCAGGACGCGACAGCUGACGAUGAAGGGGAGUUCGAAGAGGAAGGCGAGGGCGAGGGGUUAGAAGAAUGACGUUUUUGGGCUUUCAUUUGUGUAUUUCUGAAAUAUGUUUGAAAUAAACUGAAAUCAUACUUGAUAGA